AUGGCUGAUCAAAGUAUCUGUCCACCAAUGAAAAAUAAGAUCAAUCUUAAAUGGAAACAAAAUGCUAUCACUGUAGCUGGUGGGAAUGGAGAAGGACAACAACUAAAUCAACUCCAUUGGCCUGAUGGAAUCUUUAUUGAUGAAAAGAAAAAUAUUUUCAUUCCUGAUUCUAAUAAUCAUCGUAUUGUUGAAUGGAAAUAUAAUGCAAAAGAAGGACAGAUCAUUGCCGGUGGAAAUCGCGAAGGAGAUCAGAUGGAUCAACUGAGUUAUCCAACAGAUCUGAUUGUUGAUCAACAAAGUCAUUCGAUCAUCAUUGCUGAUUUUUCGAACACACGAGUGAUUCAAUGGUUGAAUCAAACUCAACAAAUUCUCAUUGACAAUGUUUUCUGUUGGGGCUUGGCAAUAGAUAAACAUGGAUUUCUUUAUGUUUCUAAUUGGAACAAGAAUGAAGUGAGACGAUGGAAAGUGGGAGAAUACAACGACAAAGGAAUUGUAGUGGCAGGUGGAAAUGGACAAGGAAAUCAACUCAAUCAAUUUCAUGCUCCUCGUUCUAUCUUUGUUGAUGAAGAUCAAUCUGUUUAUGUAUCAGAUGAGAGCAAUCAUCGUGUGAUGAAAUGGAGAAAAGAUGCAAAAGAAGGAAUAAUUGUGGCUGGAGGAAAUGGUCAAGGAAGCAAUCUCGAUCAGUUGUCUAAUCCUCGAGGAGUUAUUGUUGAUUAUUUGGGUCAAAUCUAUGUGGCAGAUGCUGCAAAUAAUCGAGUAAUGCGUUGGUGUGAAGGAAAAGAAGAAGGUGAAAUUGUUGUUGGUGGAAAUGGUAGCGGAUAUCAAUCAAAUCAAUUGAAUCAUCCCCAUGGUUUAUCUUUUGAUGACGAAGGAAAUCUUUAUGUUGCUGAUGUGGCUAAUCAUCGAAUUCAAAAAUUUGAAUUAAUUUCGUGA